UAAUUUAGUGACUGUGUUAUUCCUUCUUCUCAUUCCCGUUUCAUCUCCGCCGUCCUAUCGCCGCCGUGUCGUCGCCUUUUACCAUCGUCAAAGUGAGAAAAUGGGGGACAAGAGGAAGAAGACGUUCAUGUUCAUCCGUCUUGUUUCAGCUGCUGGAACUGGAUUCUUCUAUGUCAAGAGGAAGAGUACCAAGGGCCUUCUUGAGAAGCUCGAGUUCCGUAAGUACGAUCCUCGAGUCAACCGUCAUGUCCUCUUUACCGAGCAGAAGAUGAAGUGACGGAAUUCUUUUGUGUGUCAUUACAUUCCAAGAACCCUGAUCAAAUCUCCCCAACUAGUUACUUUUCAAUCAAAUAACUUCUUAAGUUAAUGUUGAGGUUUAGACUUUGUAAGUUUCAGUUUGGGCAUUCUUGAGGAGAAAUAGUGAAAUACAUUCAUAAAAAGCAAAAGACUUUAUCAUAAA